ACAACCCAGCAUGCGAGCAGGAGCACUACUGUGUUGGCGGCCGCAGCUCGUGCGCCGGCUCUCGCAGCAGGCGGCGCCGGCGCUAUCGCUGACGGCGGCCGAGACAAAGCUCUUCCAGGUGCUGCAAUUCAUCAAAGACACGUCGGCGCCCGAGGUCACGCUGCGCGUCGCCGGCGGCUGGGUCCGCGACAAGCUCCUUGGCCUGCCGAGCGACGACAUUGACAUUGCGCUCGACGUUGGCACGGGCGAGGCUUUUGCGCAGCACAUUUUGGCCUUCCAGAACGCGAGUGGCGUCGCGCCCAAAGGCUUUUACAUUGUGAAGAAGAACACGGACGCGAGCAAACACCUUGCUUGCGCGACCGUCAAGCUGCUUGGUCACGACCUCGACUUUGUGCACUUGCGCUCCGAGACGUACGCGGACCCGACGUCGCGCAUCCCGAUCUUGUCGGACACACCCGCGACACCGACCGAGGAUGCACUGCGACGUGACAUUACCAUCAACGCGCUCUUCUUCAACCUCUCGACCAUGACGAUUGAAGACUGCACGGGGCAGGGCCUCGCGGAUCUCGCCGCCAAGCGCGUGCGCACGCCGCUGCCACCCCUCGAGACCUUUCUCGACGACCCGCUCCGAGUCCUCCGCGCGAUCCGUUUUGCGUGUCAUUACAACUUUACCCUCGACGACGCGCUUUUAGACGCCGCCAAAGACAAGCGAGUGCAAGACGCACUGGCCCAUAAAGUGAGCCGCGAGCGCAUUGGCAUCGAGGUACGCAAGAUGCUCGCCGGUAGUGACCCGGCGCGGGCGAUGCGCGUGCUCACGGACUUGCACUUGUGGCCCCUUCUCUUGCCACGGCUCUCGAACGUGCCGUUCACAGCGCACAUGCUGAGCUCGAUCACCUUUGUACAGCAGCACGUCGCGCCGCCAUCGGCGACCCUUGCGAACAAGGCGCAGUACGACCCGACGCACCUCCUCGCGUCGGCCUUAGUGCACUGCGCCGUUCCGGCGACUUCAACAUUGCGGGCCGAUGCCCUAGCGACGCUCCUUGCCGAGCCGAGCGAGGUACCACUGACCGACCUCGUCGCCGCGAGCUUCCAGUUUCUGAGCCAACCGGCGUGGCGCGACCAAAAGCUCUGUAUGGACGCGAUCAAGGACGACCUCAAGUGGUCCAAGGCCGAGGCCAAGGCGAUUGCGGACGUGAUGGACGCCGCCCAGAGCUUUGUGCAGGCCGCCGCGCAUGCACAGUCGCCGACCGCACACUACGUGCAGCUCGUGCUCUGGCGCCGCGCGCACGGUGCGGUCUUUGAGAAGGUCCUGCCCAUCUUGUGGCACAUGGCCCACGGCGCCAGUCCCGACGCCAAAGAAGCGUUGGCCACAUUUCAAGCCGCCUUUGCCACCCGCCACCUGAGCCACAUCGCGGGCGCGACGCGCAACCGACUGCCGACGCCGCACCUCCAGCGCCUCCUGCAGAAAAAGGCCAAGAAGCUCUCGGAGCUCAUCGAGGUCGUCGCUGUCUACGAAGCCCUCUGCCCGGACGCCUCGAUCGAAGACGAAGAGAUCUUUGUGCGAACCGUGCUCGAGCCUGCGUACAACGCGCGCAACGAAUAG